AUGGUUAAGAAGAUCGAGGAUAAGCAGAGGGAUGCUUAUCAUGUCAGUCAAACCUCUAGCAAGAGAGCAGCACCCGUCUUCGAUAGAGGAUUCAGCAAGUUUACCAAAUCUUCUGGAUCUAGUGCAGCUCCAGCUUUACCACAAAGGAGUCAGUCGGAGUUAUCAGUGUCCAGACCGGUAUAUGCUAAUCCUAGCACCAAGGCAAUAGAUGCAGUAGCUCCAACAAGUAUUGCAGAGUUUAAGUGCUACACCUGUGGACAGAUGGGGCAUACUUCUAGGACAUGCUUCUACAGGAAACCUGUUCUUCCCCCUCGGCAACCAGCCAGUAAGCCUCAGGGCCGAGUGUAUUCUGUAACUGCAAGUGAGGCUGAGGCUAACCAAGCAGUGGUUACUGGUACCACUCUCAUCUGCUCUACUCCUGCAUACACCUUAUUUGAUACUGGAGCGACGCAUUCCUUUGUGUCUCCGUCAUUUGUUAAGAGAACUCGUGUGUCACCGAAGUGUUUGGUAGAGGGUCUAGUAGUUAGCACACCCACUGGGUCAAGGAUAGACUUGAACUCAUUGUAUGAGCCAUGUGCUGUGACAAUUGCUGGCAGAGACAUGAAUGCCCAUCUGAUCCAACUCGAUAUGACUGACUUUGAUGUCAUAUUGGGGAUAGAUUGGUUAGCAGCGUACAAGGCGAAUGUGCUAUGUGCAGAGAGAAAGAUAGUAUUCCAGCCUAGAGGCGAGAAGGGAUUCAUCUUUGUGGGUGAUAAGAACAAGAAACCCAAAAAGAUGGUGAUUUCAGCCUUAAAGAUGAAGAAGUUGUUAGACAACGGAUGCCAAGGAUACCUUGUGUCUGUUAAGGAUACUAGGACACAAGUUAGGCCUAUAUCAGAGAUUCCUAUUGUAGAGGAGUUCCCUGAUGUUUUUCCUGAUGCCUUGAUAAGUCCACCUCCACCAAGGGAGAAUGAGUUUGUGAUUGAUCUAGUACCUGGAGCGGCACCGCUAUCUAAAGCACCUUACAGAAUGGCGCCGAGUGAAUUGAAAGAAUUACAGACUCAGCUUUAA